CUCUCAAAUUCCAUUUCUUUUGAUUUAUUUAAUUAAGAGGAGUGGAAUAACCAAGAAAGAUAAAAAGGAAACAGGGGGAAGAGAAGUGCCUUUUUAGAGAGAGAGAUAAUGAAGACCUUCUCUUUUGUUUCCAUUGCUGUCAUUCCUUUUCUCAGAUCUUAGUUUUCCUCAUUUUGUCAUCUGGGUCAUCUCCAAAAUGUUGUCAUUUUUGACAUAAUCAGGAACUUGCGCUCGUGUUCUGAUUGCUCCAUCAAGUGUCCGAUGAUCCUAGAUUGGAUUUGACAACUGCCCACUUGUGUCUUUGAUCGGAUUCUGUCUGCAAGAGAAGAUGGAAUCAGAUCUUGGUAAAUUAUUCAUUGGUGGGAUUUCUUGGGACACUGAUGAAGAACGUCUUAAGGAAUACUUUAGGAAGUAUGGGGAGGUCGUGGAGGCAGUGAUCAUGAGAGAUCGUGUCACUGGUCGUGCCCGUGGCUUCGGUUUUGUUGUCUUUGCCGAUCCUGCUGUUGCAGAGAGGGUCAUCAUGGAUAAGCACAUGAUUGAUGGCCGCACAGUUGAGGCAAAGAAGGCUGUUCCUAGAGAUGAUCAACACAUUAUAAACAGAAACACCAGUGUCCAUGGUUCUCCUGGUCCUGGACGCACAAAAAAGAUCUUUGUUGGAGGUUUACCAUCUUCAGUCACUGAGGGUGAGUUUAAGAAGUACUUUGAUCAAUUUGGUACUAUUACUGAUGUUGUGGUGAUGUAUGACCAUAACACUCAGAGGCCAAGAGGGUUUGGUUUCAUCACUUAUGAUUCAGAGGAAGCAGUAGAUAGAGUCCUACAUAAAACAUUUCACGAACUCAAUGGUAAAAUGGUUGAGGUUAAGAGGGCAGUCCCUAAAGAGCUAUCUCCUGGCCCCAGCCGUAGCCCUCUUAUAGGAUAUGGAGCGAACAGGACUGCCAACUUCCUCAAUAAUUAUGCUCAGGGAUACCUAAGCUCACUUGGUGGUUUUGGACUCAGGACAGAUGGUAGAUUCAACCCUCUUGCCAGUGGUCGAAGUGGAUUUCCUCCGUUUACUACCCCUGGUUAUGGAAUGGGUAUGAAUACGGAUGGAGGGAUGAGCCCAAGCUAUGGUGGAACUUCCAGUUUUGGCAGUAAUCUAGGAUAUGGGCGGAUGUUGAAUCCGUAUUACAGUGGGAAUUCAAACAGGUAUAGUACUCCUAUUGGGUAUGGCUUGGGAAGUGGAAGAGGUGAUUCUGUUUUGAACACUAAUACUCGAAAUGUGUGGGGGAAUGAGGGCCUUAACAAUGCUGCAAAUGCAUCCAGUGCUGGUGGUUAUUUGGGUUCUGGAGCUGGGAGUUUUGGUGUUCCAUUAGGAAAUAGUGGUCCAAAUUGGAGCCCUUCUCCUGUUUCUGCUCAAGGUGGAGGAAAUGCUUCUGGCUAUACUAGUGGGAGUGCCAAUUAUGGAAGUGGUGAUGACAACUAUGGUUUUGGAGGAGGAUAUGGAAGGAGCAGUAACACAGUCUCAGCACCGGCUCCAUCAUUUGCUGGGUCAGCUGGUAACUUUGAAGGGUCCUAUGGAGACCUGUACCGCAGUAGUUCAGUUUACGGUGACUCAACUUGGAGGUCUGCCACUUCUGAGCUAGAUGGUUCUGGUUCAUUUGGUUAUGGACUUGGCAAUUUAUCCUCAGAUGUUACAGCAGAUAAUUCUGAGGGUUAUGCUGGGAGUUACAGUGUUACAAAUAGACAAUCCAAUAGAGGAAUUGCUACCUAGGAGAUACACUGUUUUUAUGUCAGAAGGUAUAGUGUAGGUGAAUGGAACCUGGUGAAACAGAUGAAGGGUUGUGAAUUUGGUAAAGGUCCUGUUUGUUUUGUGUCAGCUUAUAAGGAAAUUGAUGUUAUAGUGCUAACGGGGGUUCUUGAUUCAAACAUACACAUUCAGAGAGAGCAGUUAAAAGAGAUUCUCUAAAAGGUUUGAGAUUUGAUUUUUUUUUUUUUCCCAUUUUAAUAGCAAAAGAAUUUAGGUUCUUUUCUUGGCAAUUUGAGUGAGGUGUAAAAUCAGAUUGCGGGAUAUAUAAUCAGAAGAUUGUACCAUGCAUCUCCAGUGAGACGUGCUAGCAGUAGCACAUCAGACAAUAGGACUUAAAACUUUCUUUCAUUUUUUUUUUUAAAUGCUGUAAUGCCUGGCAAGGUUGCUGGCUCAUGUUCCGUAAAUUUUUCUUCACAUUUUAUCUGGGAUUGUUUUUCUCUCAGAUUCUAAGUGAGUUUUCUUUCAAAUUUGUUAGCGUGAAAACAUUGGAGGGAUGCAUUCCUAACGUCCCUGUUAAAUAAGUUACAGAAUUCUCUGAUUCAUUAAGACCAUGAAAAUCAUUUCUUCUUUUCUUCCUUUUUGCAUAAACUUUUGCUGUUUUA